AUGGAUCUGGACAUGAGUGGAAGUUACUGUGGAAAAGCCGAGAAAAUUUUCAACGACUGGAGAUUUUUCUCCGGGUCGGCGAUGACCUUGGGACGAGUGGAGAGUUUUCCGAGGGGCUCAUUACCGAGUACCGUGAAUGUACAGUUGAGUAAUAGGGGGUUGUGGCGUCAGUUCCAUGGACAGACCACGGAGAUGAUUAUCACGAAGCUGGGGAGACGCAUGUUCCCCGCCAUCCAGGUGUCCAUCACCGGUCUGGAGCCGCACGUCAAGUACCACGUCCUCCUGGAAAUCGCACCCGCCUCCCAGCGCAGGCACAAGUACGUGGGGAGUGGAUGGACUGUCGCUGGUAAUGCUGAGGUCCAGUCACCACCGCACAAGAGGCUCUAUCUUCAUCCCGAUAGUCCAGCCACUGGGAAACACUGGGGACAACAGCCCGUCAGCUUUGCAAAAUUAAAAUUAACGAAUAAUAAUGUGGAUCAUCAUAAUAAUAUUGUCCUGACAUCAAUGCACAAAUACAUCCCAAAAAUUUGGAUAAUCCAAUCGGACGGUUUGGGAAGCAUUAGCAACAUCUACAGCCAGCCCUCUGCCUGUUUCACCUUCGAAGAGACGGAAUUCAUAGCUGUAACGGCCUACCAGAACGAGAGCAUCACAAAAUUGAAAAUCGACAACAAUCCCUUCGCCAAGGGUUUCCGUGACACUGGCCACUACCGCUGCAAGCGAAAACUCGAGGAGAGCCAGGAGAACUCUCAGGAGGAGGAUCCACGUACCCCGGGAACCCCGGAACCCGAGAGAAUGGAAAAAAUCGAGAGAAUCGAAGUCGAAGAAUCGAACGAAAAUGGGGACAGCAGUGACAGGCGUCAGCUCGAGGGCCUGUAG